GAAAUUAGGGAAUCCGGAAGUAGAUAACUUGGAGGAAAUAAGAAGGAUGAAAACAGUGAAAAUUGAAAUUAGUUUUUGAUUUCUUUAGAAGAAAAUCAAGAUGUCUCGAGCGAUGGUGCCAAGCCAACAAAAGUUGGCGGAGAAGUUAACUAUCCUGAAUGACAGAGGAAGGGGCAUGCUUACAAGAAUAUACAACAUCAAGAAGAUCUACUCUCCCAACAAAAAGAAGAUGCUUGGAAAUCCACAGAACAAGCCUGGUUUUCUAACUGAUAAAGCUUAUGAACCAGUUUAUAGAUACUUGUUGCGGCGUUUUCCACAUGUGGAUAGCAAGUCGAGCACACUCCAAGUGAUCAACAACAUCAAACAGGACGUGGUCAAGUCCCUCUCCCUCUACUACUUCACCUUCGUGGACAUCAUGGACUUCAAGGACCAUGUUGUGGACCUGCUAACUACAAUUGAUGCUUGUCAAGUCCACAUGGAUGUUACCUUGAACUAUGACCUGACCGUGAACUAUCUGAACUUGAUUUCGACCUAUGUGUCCCUGAUGAUUCUGAUGUCAAGGGUGGAGGAUCGCAGAGUGGUGCUCUCUCUGUACAAUGUUGCCUACGAGUAUCUAAAUGCCUCUAGCGACCCCUCCUUUCCUCGCCUCGGGCAGAUGGUGAUUGAUUAUGACAUUCCCCUCAGGAAGCUCUCGGAGGAGUUUGUCCCUCAUUCCAGGGUGGUAGUUCCCGCUUUGUUGUCUCUACACAAGAUUUACCCCAAAAGGAACCUGCCCGCUGACCAGAUGAGGGCCACGGGCAUGCUGAGUCUGUUGGCAGAGCCCCUCAAAAUUAUGAAUGUCCCAAAUACAGAUAUGGUGCAAUGUGAAUAUCUUUCCCUUGAUUCUAUGGAAAAGUGGAUCAUUUUCUCUAUGAUGCUGUGUCACACAUACCUCCAGGAGGCUCAGUUAUGGGACCUCUGGAAGACGGCGUUACAGUCCGGCUACAUCGUACAGCUUUGUCGUGAUGAAGUACUACAUAUUCACAGCUACAUCAACACCUUCUUUGAAAGUCUGAAGGGACACAACCUGCAUAAAAGGAUCACAGAGGUCAAGGAUCUUCAGCACCAAGCUCUACAGUCCUCCCCAGCAAUACACAGAGAGAGGAGAAAGUUUCUGAGAUCAGCCCUGAAAGAAUUAGCCUUGAUUUUCACUGACCAGCCAGGUCUUCUUGGACCAAAGGGUCUGUAUGUCUUCCAAGCUCUGGCAGUGGCCCGAGAUGAAAUCCAUUGGCUCCUGCGACACUUUGAUAACCCUCCCUCCAAGAAGCACACCGUCAAACUGUCCCAGGAGGACUUUGUAGACAGACAGCUGCCCGAGCUUCUGUUCAACAUGGAGGAACUCAAGUCUCUGCUGCGGAAAUACAACCAAGUGGUGCAGCGCUAUUUUGUCCAGUAUUUGGCGGGUUAUGAUGCAGUGCUGCUCAACCAACUUAUACAGGAAAUAACAAAAGACUCCAACCUGGCCCACUGUCCGGAAGACGAGUCUGUGAUUUUGUCAUCUCUCUACAAUACCAUUGCUGGAUUGUCUGUCAAACAAGUUGAGGCUAAUGAGGUGUUUGAUUUCCGUGGGGUUAGGCUGGAUUGGUUCAGACUACAGGCUUACACCAGUGUGUCUCGAGCUGGCCUGGUACUGAGGGACCAUCAGGACCUGGGCAAACAUCUCAACAUGAUCGUCUUCCACACUAAACUGGUGGACUACCUGGACGAACUCAUAAACGAGACGGGAGACCUGUCCAUCUACUGCUUCUACCACCAGAUAUUUGAGCACCAGUUUAAGCAGUGCAUGGAGUUCCCUGCCCAGCACAGAUUUAGCAUAGUGUUUCCAAUUAUUUGUGGACAUUUCAUGAAUGCUACACAUGAACUCUGCCCUGAAGAGCGCCACUCGAUUGGCACCACCAGUGUUCAGUACGCUCACUGGUUCCUGAAGGAGAUGUCGGACGAGGUCAAUCAGGUCAUCACAGCCAUAUGUGAGGAGCAGUGCAUGCUCAACUACAAGCUUUUGCCAAAACACAGUGCUGCCAGUAUUCUGCAGAGUUCCAACAAACACAAGAAAAACAAGGACAAAAAGAAGCAGGUCGGCCCAGAGGAGGAGAAACCUGGAACUGAGAGCGUUCGGAAAAACCGGGAAAACUUCACAAGAAUGGACAAGCUACACAUGGCACUGACAGAGCUGUGCUAUGCCAUCAACCACUGCAAUGUGAUUCAAGUUUGGGAGCACGGCUUUGUUCCAAGGGAAUUCUUCAUCCAGCAUCUAGAAACCAGAUUUAACAAGGCCCUAGUUGGGAUGAUGAUGUAUAACCCUGACACCAGUGAAAUUGCCAAACCCUCAGAACUCCUCAGCAGUGUCAAGGCCAUCAUGAGUGUGCUACAAGGGCUUGAAAAUUAUGUUCAGAUUGACAUAGCCCGGGUGUUUAACAGUGUACUGCCCCAGCAGACUCAGGCCACUGACAGCUUCAAUGGAGAGAAGACCAUCACGGCCAACUACACCAACUGGUACUUAGAAGUGUUGUUGAGAAGAGUGACUGUGAAUAUUGGACAGAUUGUGUACUCUCCCAACCAUAAAGCAUUUGUUACCGUGGCAACAGACAACAACAGCAAGGAGAACCUCUAUCUGGCGGCGGAGGAGUAUGCUGAUCUCACAGAACUGAGAGCUUUGGCUGAAUUGAUUGGACCCUAUGGAAUGAGAUAUCUAGGAGAAAGACUUAUGGGUCAUGUGGCCAGUCAAGUGGAUGAGCUAAAGAAACUGGUAAUCCAAAACAAGGAGGUGCUGUUCAACAUGAGGACCAGUUUUGAUAAACCCGAGGUCAUGAGGGACCUUUUCCGACGAUUAGGAAGACCUGUUAAACAGCAAGGAAAUACAAAAAACCAGGUGUCAGAUGUGGACAGUGUUCUGAUGAGGAUGACCAUCAUAGGCAUCCUUCUGUCCUUCCGAUCCCUGGCCCAGGAUGCCCUGCUGGAUGUGCUGGAGGACAGGAUUCCGUUCCUGAUGGCCUCUGUCCAGGAUCUACAGCAUUUUGUCCCUAACAUGAAGGACACCAAGUACUCCCACAUGAAGCAGCAGGUGGUCAAUGAGAUGGCGUCAGCAGCCGGACUGUCAUGUGACAUAGACCCCCUGCUGAUCAGUGCACUGAGAUCCCAGAAAAAUGCCGGAGAACCAGAGUAUAAGGACGGCGAAAGGAAAGCGUCCACUUCUAGCGACACGGAAGUGGCCAAUGAGAGUGACUAUGAGUUGGCCUGUCUACUGAUGGUCUUUGUGGCUGUAUCCAUACCCACACUGGCCAAAAAAGAUGUCUCUGUGUUCAAGGCCUCACUUGAGGGGAACCUGAGUAAUUGUCACUGUCUGGCCAAAGCUGUCAAUCAGAUAGCAGGUGCCCUGUUUACUAUCCAUGGACCAGGCGAUGUGUCGGACAGAUUACAAGAGUUCCUAGCUCUUGCAUCUUCAAGUUUACUGCGACUUGGUCAGUCUCAAGAACAAGAAAAAGAAACCUUCAAAAACAGGGAAUCAGUGUACAUACUUUUGGAUCUGAUUGUGCAGGAAUCGCCAUAUUUAACCAUGGACCUCCUUGAGUCCUGUUUUCCGUACGCUCUUCUAAGAAAUGCCUACCACACGGUGUAUAAAGCAUCGGCAGUGGACAACUAACUCUCGACAUGAGAUCAGGAGGGGGCAGGAAGUAGAAAUCAGACU